UUGCAGGAGGAGGCCUAGGAAUAGCUUAUAUCCCAGCCAAUGCAAUUAUCAAUGACUAUUUUGAGAAAAAGAGGACUCUUGCAUUUGGAAUAGCAACAUCUGGAUUUGGCGUUGGGUCAUUUCUAUAUCCUCUACUGAUUGAGGCCCUAAAUGAGGAAUAUGGAUGGCGCGGAGCAAUGCUCAUGUUGUCAGGAAUUGGAUUAAAUAUAUGUGUAUGUGGUGUGCUAAUGUGUCCAUUUAGAACUAAUGAACUGUUGACGGAGUCUGCCAAUAAUGAAACACUUUUUAAUUUUGGAAUAAUGAAAUCAAUGAACUUUUUAAUAUUAUGUUUCAAUUAUCUAGUGUUUCAUUUUGGUAUUGUUAUAGUCUUUACUCAUUUAUCAGAAUACUCUCUUUUGAUGGGUAUUGGAGGAAGUGAAAGUUCAAUGUUGUUUUCUGUAUUUGGUAUCACUAAUAUUGUUGGACUACUUUUGUUUGGAGUCAUAGCACAUCAUCCAAAAGCUGAUGCAAUGCUGCUCUUCAUUGGUGGACUUCUCAUUUGUGGUGUAGCAACUGUGUUUCUACCUUUACUUACACAAUAUGGAGCUUUACUUGCCUAUUCUGGAUUAAUUGGGAUUUUUAGUGCAACAAUGGGAGUACUUUCCCCAGGAAUUGUAUGCCAGAUUUUAGGGCCUAAUGAGUUAUCAAAUGGUUAUGGUGCAACAAUGCCAUGUGCUGCAUUUGGGGUGUUAUUAGGUGGGCCUGUAGCAGGUUUUAUGUAUGAUACACUUCAUUCAUAUGAUGGCUCAUUCUUUCUCGGUGGUGGGGCAAUGAUUAUAAGUGCACUUUGCAUGGUUGUCCCAUUUUUACGGAAAAAACAUAAUUGGUCAAAAAAUGACUUGGAAGGUGUAUCUUAUAAUUUGCAACCUCUCCUGGAUGAAAAAUUGAAAAAUGUGUCUAAUAACAAUUAUGUUGGUAACACCAAAAAGUGA